AAACCGCUCCACUUCCGUUACUAUUAGUUCAAAAAACAGAGAAAAUCAAACACAAAUUUCUAUGAGUAUUUUAUAAUAAUCCCUUUUCACUUUUUCUAUGUUGUUGUACACUUGAUAUGAGAAGAAUCAAGAAUGGGACAAGAAUCAGAUUACAAAACACAAUUGGUAUUAGAUAUAUGCUCCAUUUCCAAACGUUCAAUUCUAUGUGUUCAUACAAUUUUCUCUAAUAUACCUUUCAUCGAUUGGUAUUGCAUUCUUGGUGUGGAAGAAAAUGCAGGGGUUAAUACCAUUCGUAAGAAAUACCAUAAACUUGCCUUACAACUUCAUCCAGAUAAGAAUGAACAUCCUAAGGCUGAAAUUGCAUUCAAACUUGUUUGUGAGGCAUAUACAUGUCUAUCAGAUGCUACAAAAAGAAAAGCUUUUAACUUAGAGAGACAAAAGAGCUUUUGCAUUAAGUGCAACAAAAUCCCAUAUACAACCACCAUUGUCCCAAGCAACUCUAAUGGUUCCAAUGGUUCAAGUUUCAAGGCAUGGAACAUUAUCAGCAAAUCAAUAUCAAGCAAAGUUAGAAGAAACAUUAGAGACAUGAGAGAAAGAUUCAAGGAAGAAGCUAAGGUGAUUGAGAAUUGUCUAAGGACAACAAAUUCAGUGUCAAAGAAAGAUUCUCAAAAUAGAGUUGAGAAAGAAAGUCCUGUUUUCAAUCCAUCAAACUACAAAUACCAAAAUUACCCUCAUCCUAGGAACAAAGUUUACAAGAAUUCCAAGACAUUUUGGUACUUGCAGACAGAAAAUAUGGGGCAUAAAGAUAAGGGAGAUGCUAAAGCUAAGUAUACCUCUCCAAUUUUUGAGGUCAAAUCAAGUAGUAUGGACACAAGAAAAUUUGCUUGUGUUUCAUCUUAAAAUUUUAGCUUAAACAUUUUUAUAGUGUUGUCAAAUAGCGACACUUUAUCGCAUGUAGCGGAAUUUGAACAAAUUGAUAUUGUUUCGUGAUACACUAUUUAUUAUAAAUUGUUGUCAAAUAGCAGGUAUUGCGGUGCUACAAUAAUGUAGCUUUCUAGAA